ACAAAAAAUUACGCAGCUUUGAAAGACCAUCUCCUCAAAACAAAAACAAAACCAAUUAUCCGACGGCACUUCUUUAGGGUUCAUAAAGUCAAACAGGAACGCGCUUGCUUAAUCACUUACUACUUCAAACAGAGAGAGAGAGAAAACGAUGGGGUCUAGAGACAAGGACCAAACGGCACCGCAUCACCAGCCUCUCCUUAGCAGCCUCGUUGUACGUCCAUCUGUCAGCGACGGAGGUGAUGCCGCCGGAGGUGGAGGCCGAGCCGGUGGUAGCGAUUACGAGCCUGGCGAGGUCCGCCGUGAACUUCCAUCGUAUUCUCGCUCCGAUCGAUACUCUGACGAUCCUGGGUAUAGACUUCGUGCAGGUUCUGGUUCUCCUGUACGUCGUAGGGAUGCAGAUCGCCGAUACAGUUCUGAUUUUGAUAAUUCAGGGGCCCCACCUCGAGGUCGUGAUUUCAGCAAUGGGAGGGAUCGUGGCAGAUUUCGAGAUUCUUCACCCCCUUAUGCUCGAGGAAGAGGUGGCGGCAGACCACUUGGCAGAGGUUUUGAUGGGCCUGGAUUUGGUCCAGGGCCUCUUAGAGGGGAGGGCAUGAGUAGGAAUAAUCCAAAUGUACGCCCAAGGGAAGGCGACUGGAUCUGCUCUGAUCCUUUAUGUGGCAACCUGAACUUUGCAAGGAGAGAGUACUGUAACAACUGCAAAAGGCCUCGAUAUAGACCUGGGGGGAGUCCUCGGCGGGCCUAUCCUGGCCCUCCACCUCCACAUGCUCCUCCAAGACGCUUUCCUGGUCCUCCAUUGGAUCUUUCUCCAGGCAGGACCAUGAAUGGCUAUAGGUCUCCUCCUCGAGGUUGGUCCAGAGAUGGACCCAGAGAUUUUGGGCCUGGUGGUCCUCCACCUCCUAGGCAAGGAGGCAGGUUUUCUGACCAUGAUAUGCGGAGGGAGCGGUCUGAUUAUCCAGAUGAUGAGUACAGGGGGAGGAACAAAUUUGAUAGGCCUAUGCCAAUGGACUGGGGUCAUAAAGACCGUGGAAGGGAUGGCCUUUUCAAUGAAAGGAAAGGGUUUGAGAGGCGGCCACCCUCUCCACCUCUACCUUCACCUUCACUUCCUCAACGUGGCAGAUGGGGACGUGAUGGGAGAGAUAGGAGCAGAUCACCAAUUAGGGGAGCUCCACCACCAAAAGAGUUUCGACAGGAUAUGUACAUGGAGCGGGGGCGAGAUGAUCGGCAUCCUGUUGGGCGAGACAGAAUGAGACAUGUGUAUUGACUGUAGUGAGGCUAUGGAGUUUGAUUGGUUCAUCUUGGUAUAAUAGUAAUUGUGCUCUUUGUUGGGUGAUGAUGGAUGUUAUGGCACAGCUCUGAAUUUAUUAGCGUUUUCCGACUAUUUUAAAGAUUGCGUGAUUUUUUUUAUUAAUUUUGUUUGGAAAUUUAUCUUAGGUAUGAUGCAUUAA